CCUUCAUCGUUAAAUCUUGGAAGCCGAACUUUCAUCGUUUUUCUUCUCAUACUACUCACCACCCCUACCUAAUAAAUCGUUUGGUCCAUCGUCUACCUAACUUUGGGAGAUUUUCAACACAAAUCUCUACAUGUUUGCUUGGUGUUGCUAACUACAUGAGAAAGGAAGAAAAGAUUUUUGUUAUCAAACACUGCUACGGUCAUAUUCCCUCACAAUUUCUAAGACCCUUAGCACUUUAUUCCUUGCAAACAAUUCUCCGAAUAUCUCUUAAAUCAAAUUUCAAAUCGGCUUUUCCCGCCUUGCUUGGUCCAUCCAUCAUUGAUUGACCCUUGCUGUCUAUCGCCCAACCCCAACCCCACUGGCCACCCGGUUCUAUAUCAGUCGUUCCAUAUCUCAAUCGAUCCAUCCAACCUUAGAUAUGUAUGAGUGUCGAUCGCAGAGCCAGAAACUGCCUUCGCGUUGAGAGAGAAGGGUUUUCAACAAUGUUACCAGCAUUGCGCGCCAGAUCUCAUCUUGACAUGCAAUACGAGGCUGCACCGCCUAUCGAAUACAAUGACGAUGAUUAUUUCCGCGAGGUGUUACAGUUGGACGGGCUAAUACCGACGGAGAUGCAAUUCGACGAAAGAUUGAACAAAGAGGCAGAAAAUUUGGGAAUUUCGAUAACGGGUCCUUCCGCAGACGAAAGAAUCGAUAGUCCUCCAUGCGAAUCCCCUUUCAAUCAAUCGCAUCACACACAUACCACUUCGUCCUUAUCUCAAGAAAGCGAUUCUACAGGAUUAACGUCGAGAUCAUCGGAUGAACAUUUGGACAUUUCAUCAUUACCACAAGCAUGGAAAAGACCUACGGCAAGGAGAAGUUUAUCAUUUCAUGAUUACGAGAAAUUUGUAAAGCAGAUCGAUGCUCAAAAUAAGCACCCAUUACCUCCGCCGAUACCUGUCAGUUCCCCGGAAUCAGCGCCAUCCCUUUUUUCGGUAUCCUCGAAACGCUCUUAUAUCAGCAUCAAGAAUGGAAUCAAAACCCGCUUCCGCCGCAAGCCCAAAACCUCUGGGGAACAAGUAAUCUCUUGCAUCUGUUGUCGGGAAGAGUUCAAGAAUUCUAGCACGUUGCGUACACUUCCAUGUGCUCACAAUUAUUGCGAAAAAUGCCUUCGAGUUCUGGCCAUCCAAGGCUGCAAGGAAGAAUCGAAGAUGCCACCCAGAUGUUGCAGCCAAGCUAUACCAGGAAACACAAUCAAAUCGGUCCUGGAUAAAGAAGAACAGAGUUUAUUCAUGAAAAGCGUUGUUCAAUUCAGUACACCAUGGGAAGCCAGGAUUUUCUGUCCAAAUACUUCCUGCGGUGAGUUUAUUCCGACACUUGGUAAAAUUGAUCCCAAGCAGCCGUUUGAGGUGGUUUGUCGAACUUGUGGAGAGAAAGCUUGUUCGAUAUGCAAGCGUGCGGCACAUCCAGGUGGCCAAGAUUGUCCUGAAGAUUACGAAUUAGAAGCUGUUUUGAGAAUGGCAAAGAAUGCGGGAUGGCGUCGCUGUUACAAAUGUAGAACUCUGGUAGAAUUAUCUCAAGGUUGUAGUCAUAUCACUUGCCGGUGUAAAGCCCAAUUCUGUUACAUUUGUGGGGCUGUGUGGGAUCCAUCGGUUGGCUGUCCAAAUUAUUGUAAUGGCGAGGAAAUGCUUGAACGUCGACGUCUCGAAGAAGAGCAGCGAAUUGCAGAAGAGGAGAACGCAAAGUUAGCGAGGGAAGAAGCAGAGAAGUUAGAAGCAGAGGAACGUGCAGCGGCCGAAGAACGGACCAGAAAGAAUGCCACACUGAACGCCCUUCGGGCUUGUCAGAUCAAUGAGAGAGACCGAUUUUGCGCCUUCGAGAGAAAAAUGAAGUGGAUCAUGUGGACGCGACACGGUCGAGCUAAAAUUGAUAUUUUGGAUCGCUACGGUGAGCUCUCAACAAAAAUGAAAGAACGCCAUCAAAGGACCUCGACGCAUCUAGAAGAUCGGCAAGUCGCUGCUGAGAUGGAGCUGAGAGCCACUUUAAAGCAGAGCGAAAGAAGCGUGCAAAUCCGUUUAAAGCAUAUGGAAGCUUACUGCAGUGGACUUGGUAGAAGUUCUGGUGGUUAUGAUGUACAAAGAAUCGUUACCGAGAAAGAUCUUAGAGAGCUUGGGCAGCAAUACAAUAUUCGGGACGACUUGGGCCGUUUACAUCAGAGCAGGAUUAACGUCAUGCGGGACAAGCAAGCGAAACAAAUGGAAAACUUAAUCAUUCGUCAAGACGAAGAACUUAAAAAUCUAAUGGUCAAACAGAAUCAAGAGUUAGAGGCUCUAGAGGAGAUGCAUAGCAGAGAAGAAGAAGGAAUAAUGACGCUGUUCAUAGAAAGAAAAUCACGACUCACGCGGAGAUGGUACUUAGUCGAAGAGGUAGAACGAAAGAAGCUCACUAAUGCAGAGGGCGUGCAAUUCGCAGCCAUGCCACCGAUACCAUGGCCUCAAUCAAUGAAGUCUCCAGCUCUCGGCCUGGAAGCUGUUUUUGAGUGAAGCUUCAUGAAUUUUAGAAGCUUCCAUCUUUUGUUUUCUUAUCACAACAAUUUUUGUGGCAUUAUUACACUUUCUCGACAUAUAUGUACGAUUAUUGUGAAGGUUGUGUGAUUUGAAUCAUCUCAUCUUGUUCAAAAUUCAGGGACUGAGCAUUGGCGCUUAGGAAUGGAUGAAAGAACUUUAAUAUAAUGGUCCCGGCUGGAUUAACUAAUGGGUGGAAUUGACGCUUUUAGGCCGUUGACCUCUUAGGAUUUUUCGUUGGCUGGAUUAUCGGGAAAGGUUAUUUGGAGGGUUAUUUGGGUCUGGAGACUGUGAGGGAUGUUUAUUAUGAAUUUAUUUUAUGGUGUCCCAUGAUUUUGGGAGUGAUGGAUGAUAUGGAUGAUGAAUGUGUAUGGUUGCGAUGAAUAGGAGUAUAUAUACCCAAUGGUUUUUAUCUUUGUCUUUUUAAUUACGAUGUUAGAAAUUUUAUAUAUCGAUUAUAUUA